AUGGCACCCCCAAGGGGGCAAAAAGGCCAGGCUUCCAGGGGGAGCCAUGGUGCCAGGGGGGACACUGGGCCACACCUUGGCCAUGAUGCCAGGGGAGCUACUGGGGCCCAGGGGUCCAUUAGGGCUAGGGUGGACCAGAGGUCUGACUGUGGUGUGAAGGGGUCACAAACUGGUGGCAGAAGGGGCCAGUCUUCCUUCAGAAAAAAGGCGGAAGCUAAGUUGAGGACCUCACCUGGGGCUGCUGUAUCCCCUUUGAGCCCAGGAGAAGGGACAUCAAGGGGAGGCAGAAGGUCCCAGGCCCAGGCCCAAUCCCAGCCCAAUUUUCCACCCUUCUCCCAUGAUGAGAUCUGGGCCAUGGUGGUUGCUUAUGUAGAACGGGCUGAAUGCAUCUCGGGGCCCAGGUCCUACCGCAGCGGUAAGGCAGCAAAGGACCGUCUGUGGAAGGAAAUCACGGUGGCCGUAAAUGCAGUGGGCAGGAUGGUACGCCGGUACCCCAAGAAUGUGAAGAAGCAUAUGCGUGAUCUGAGGUGGAAUUUAAAGGAGAAGCUGACUCUGUGGGCUCGGCAGGGACAUGUUACAAGGCGGGUGGGACCCUGACCAUCUGCAGGAACUGUCUCAGGCAGAACGGGCACUUCUGCCAAUCAUUGGUCUCAACACGAUUUUUGGGGUGACGGCUCAUGAAGAUACUGAUGACUGGCAGAGUGCCAAUCCCGAGGCAGGGGCAGCCCCAGCCAGCCCAUCAGAGGACAAGCCAGAUCACACAUACGCUGAUGAAGAGAUGUUCCCUCCUGCACAACAUCAGCAGGAGGAGGAGGAGGAGGAGCGGCUCCCCCCACUGCAGCCAGGAAUGGAGGAAGAUCUGGGUAUGUAUU